GCUGCUGCCGGCCGAGCAUCGCCCCGCCGCUGUUGCUGCUGCUGUUCUCUCUGCGCGCGCCAGCGGGACCCCCUCCCGCCGCCGCGCGCGCGCGCGCCUGCCUCCCAAGCCGGGGCUGUUCCUCGCAAGAGUCUCUCGCCCCCCCGAGGCUGAGAGGCGGGGGCAGACUGUCCCGGCCGGCGCUGAUCUCGAGCGGCGAUUGGCCGCUGUCUACGCUGACGUCACGAUCAUGAUGAGAAUUAAUGAUCGGAGGCGCUGAUUUCAUUGUGUGACGCCGGGACCGACCCAGCCGAAACCGGCUGAAUUCGGAGCCCUGGGGCCCCCCGCGGCAGCCCCGCCCGCCCCGCAGAGCACGAUGAAUCUGCGUUCUGUAUUUACUGCAGAACAACAGAGGAUAUUGCAGCGUUACUAUGAAAAUGGAAUGACAAAUCAGAGUAAAAAUUGCUUUCAACUCAUAUUACAGUGUGCCCAAGAAACUAAGCUGGACUUCAGUGUAGUCAGGACGUGGGUUGGAAACAAAAGAAGAAAGAUGAGCAGUAAGAACACCGUGGAUUCUGGGGGAAGCCCAUCAGCCACGGCCACCAGCACAUUGACAAUGCCUCCAGAAGUGGCCGUUCAGAAUGUGGUCAGCAUAGCCCGUUCCCAGAGCCAGCAGUCCUCGUGGACGUCCGCCAACAACGAUGUCAUAGUUACCGGCAUCUAUAACCCGGCGACUUCAUCUGGCAGACUGGUUUCCACGAAACAGACUAACUCCUUGAUGAGCGAUAUGCAUAAAAAUUCCCUUUCCAGGUCAGCCGGGAAGAGCGAUCCCGAAUUCCAGCGGCAGCACAUCGCGGUGACCCGCCAAGCUCCCCAUUGUAAAAAUGCUUCGCUUUUCCUGGGCGAGAAAACCAUCAUCCUUUCCAGGCAAACCAGCGUGCUGAAUUCAGGAAAUUCUAUUUAUAAUCACACUAAGAAAAGCUAUGGCGGGUCGUCGGUUCAGACCGCCGAAUUAGUGUUACCUCAAAAGCCCGUUUUGUGCCACCGGCCGUACAAGAUGGACCCGGUGGGGUGCCAACGGUUGCAGAAGCCGGAGCACCCCAUCCUCGCUUCCUCCGUUCCAUCUGGACAGAGAUCCAACAUUCGAGAUCCUUCCUGCAGCACUCACAAUUUGGAAAUCCGCGAGGUUUUUUCUUUGGCUGUUACCGAUCAGUCACUGGGAGGAAGCAGAGAGAAGAGCGUGUCGUCUUCCGGAGAAGGCAGUUGUCUCUCUAUCGCGAUGGAAACCGGGGAUGUGGACGACGAAUACGCCAGAGAGGAAGAAUUGGCCUCUAUGGGCGCCCAGAUACAAAACUACUCUCGGUUAAGCGGCACGUCCCUCCGCGUCGAGAAUCCGGGAUCUGUUUUUUCUGGGUCGGGCAGGAACGUGAGUUGCAAUUCGCACGUGCUGAACGCGAGGAAUUUGCACGACAAUAUCUUGUAUCGUAAUAGAGACUACCGCUUGCCUCCACGGACUUCGUUGCACAGCGCCUCCAGUACCCUCUAUAGCAGUUCUUACCCAUCCAGAAGUAACCUUUCUUCUCAUUUUGCAGCAUCCAAUCAACUAAGGCUAUCUCAGAACCAAAAUAAUUACCAGAUUUCAGGAAACCUAACUGUGCCUUGGAUUACUGGAUGCUCCAGGAAACGAGCAUUGCAGGACCGUACACAAUUCAGCGAUCGAGAUUUAGCCACACUGAAGAAGUAUUGGGAUAAAGGUAUGACCAGCCUUGGAUCAGUUUGCAGAGAGAAAAUUGAAGCCGUUGCUGCAGAAUUAAACGUUGACUGUGAAAUAGUAAGGACUUGGAUCGGAAAUAGGAGACGAAAGUACCGUUUGAUGGGCAUCGAAGUCCCUCCUCCUCGUGGUGGCCCUGCCGUCUUUUCGAGUCAUUCUGAUUCCAGUGAUAAAUCGGUACCCAUUCCAGGAGACGACCCCCUGACGGAUAUAGGAGAGGAUAAUGACAGGAAUGAUGAAGUAUCCAUCUGCUUAUCGGAAGGAAGCUCCCAAGAAGAACACAAUGAAGUUCUUCCAAGGGAAGACAUUGGCCACAAAGAAGAGGACCACGCUACUGUAUCUUCUGAUAAUGUGAAAAUAGAAAUAAUAGAUGACGAGGAAAGCGAUAUGAUAAGUAACUCUGAAGUGGAUCAAAUGAGCUCUCUUCUGGACUACAAAAAUGAGGAAGUGAGAUUCGUUGAGAGUGAACUGGAGCAUCAAAAACAGAAGUAUUUUGAACUUCAGGCUUUCACGAGAAGCUUGAUACUUGCUGUCAAAACAGAUGAUAAAGAUCAGCAGCAGGCACUUCUAGCCGAUUUACCUCCCGAAUUGGAAGAGAUGGAUUUCAACCAUACAUCUCCAGAACAUGACGAUACCUCAUUCAGCUUGUCCUCUUCAUCCGAAAAAAAUGCCUUGGACAGUUUGUGAUCUUUUUGACAAAGGAAACCCACGCAGUAUAGUUUGUCUCAUGUGUAUAUGUUUUGAACCGAUUUCGUUGGGGGGGUUAACCGAUAUCCUUAAAAUAUGAAGGAAGAACGUAGGGCGGGAAAGCCGGUGAGCCAACUGUAUAUUGAGGGCAUUCUGAUAGUUUUGUUGUGGAUAAAUGUGAACGCUACUUGAAAGCUGCUCCGGGCAGCUCUCUCUUUGACGAUGGUACCUUCGUAAUAACAUGAACUUAAUAAUAAAGCCCUUGAGCUAAUGAGGGCACCGAGAAUGGAAGAAUAAUAGUUAAUUAUGUUAAUAACUCUACAGUCCUUCCUAAUGUUAACCCGUCAGUCCUACAGUGUGAUAUUUUGCCUUUUCUUGUUCUUUUCCCCUUCUCAGGUAGAUGGACUGAUCGCUGGAAAUUAUGGGUUUCAAGAGAUCACUGGGGAUAAGUUGGGCCUUCAUUCAAAUGAUGAUCAUUCUAACCAGGGAUCAGACAAAGAAGUAUUGGUCUCUUUUCUCUCUCUUUUUUUUCCCUGUAUAUAGCAGCAAAUCCUUUUAUCUUCUCUUCAUCUUGGGAUGAUGAAAUAUCCUGGAAUAUUUUCAUUACUGAAAAAAAAAAGCAAAUCUAUUUAUCUUAGCUCUUAAUAAAUUAUUUUGUGUAUAUCAGCAGGUGGAAAUUCCAAACAAGCAAACAAACACAUGACUCUUUUAAGUGCACAGUUCAGAAAAGAAAAAAACAAUUUCCAGUUGCACAGCCUUCCCCUUUAGUACACUGUAGAGAUUGGUAGUAAUAAUCCCACAGAGCUGCAAAGAUCCAGUAUAUAUCCAUGUCUGAAGGUCUGGCAGAUGCUUGUGGCUUACUUACAAGUGACUGGUCCCUGAGCAAGCCUCCUAUGAAAAAGAUGAAAAUGCGUUUGGCGGAAAUUGUGACUCAAGAGAAGAAAAAAAAAACUUCCUAAGUGGUGUGAGACAUGUUGAUGAGAAUUCUCUUGAAGGGGAGAUAUAUAUUCCUGGACUUUUCAUGUGGAGCAGUUACUUAGUCCAUAUACUUACUAAGAUAAUUGGUUUUUUUUUUUUAAACAAACAAACCAGCUAGCAAACACUAAUUUAUGGAUUAGUUCUGAAUAGAAUGUAGCAAAUGUACAACACAUUUAUGCAGCCAAGUUAUUUUGAUCGAUUUGUUAGGCAAUUAGUAGGCCGUGUAGACCUGACCUCAGUGAGAAAUAUAUUGGAGUUCUACAUCUUUGCUGUAUGCAUCAAAAUGCUCAGAAUAACUUCUAAGAGUCCAAUGCAUAAUUUGACCAUUGUCCUCUUUUUCAACUACUGCUGGAAACUUAAGAUUAAUGUUUAAUCUUAAACUCUUUUUUUUUUUUUUAGAAUUUUGAUCUGAAGUUAUGUAUGUCGUGUCUUAAAUAGGAUAAUGAAAAUGUUACUUACCA